AACAACAUAAAUUACUCAUAAAACAAUUAGCAUUAAACGUUGAGAUUAGUACAACGUUUAAAGGAUGUAGCACUUGAUAUAUUAGGAAUAUAAAUCAUUUAAAUUUAGUUUUGCGUUUAGACUCAAAACUUUGUUUAUGUUUAGCGUUGCUAUUAAUAGUUCGACUAUUAGAGUGGAGGUAUCGAAUUCUUAUAACAAAACCUAAAGCUGGACAGACAAACUGAUGCUUAUCAAGACCAUAUAACUGACUCUUGCCUGAAUUCUUAUAAUAACAACAAUGUUCUUAGGUAGACAAGUGUUUUUUAAAGUCGUGUUAUACAGUAUAAAACCAGGCAAAUUAUAAUGUAUUUGAAAGAAUAAAAAAAAAUAUAUAAAAAGGGCUGUUUCAUUCCAAACUUUAAAUCGUGUUCGACGAUCCAAAAAUACAAAUGUUUUACAAAAUCCAAUCACAAUGUCUACAUACUGUGUAAGAUAUGUCAUUUUAGAAGUUAGGUCUUGUAAGCAGAAAAAAAACCCAUUAAAAAUCCGUACAUUAAGUAUCCAGGAUCAUACAAAAUCUGUGAAUUUUUUUUAAGGUUUGAUAAUAUAAAAAAAAACAUUCAACUAAGAUUUCUCGUUCGAUGAAGAUAGUUUCAAAGUAAACGUUACAAGAACAGCUGAAGUCGAAGCUAUCAGAAUGUCACUCUCCGAGAAAUUGUGUCAAAAUCUGAAUAAAAUAUGGGCGGAUCAAGAACUUUGUGACUUUACAGUUGAAAUAGAUGACGUGUCCAUAAGGUGUCAUCGCGUCAUUCUCGGAGCGAGUUCGCCAUUUUUUCUUAGACUGCUGAGAUCUGGAAUGAAAGAAACCAACGAAGGACAUGUAGUUCUACAAGAUAUAUCAGUCUCCACCUUUCAGUUAAUUCUGAAAACUUUGUACACCGGUGAAGACGUGUUGAGUCUUGACAACUUCAUAGAAAUCUGGCACGCUGUAGAUAUGCUCCAGAUUGGAUUUCUUGUAGAGCAUUGUGAAACAUUUGCUGCUAAAAACAUAAAACUGGAAAAUUUUAGGAGAAUACUUUCCGUUGCUAACCUCUUUAAUUCUAAAUCAGUACUGUCGUCAGUUAAAACGUUCAUGACGCAGAACAUUGAAGCCAUUUAUACAGAUAAACUGUAUUUAGAAUUAUCGUUUGAUGAAAUGUGUUUUGUCGUUAGCAGUCAUGGUCUUCAUUUCAACAGUGAAGAUCCUGUACUAGAGAUGGUUCUAAACUGGGCUGAAAACAAGCCUGUUGUUAAGGAUUUUGAAGCCAUCAACUAUUGCACUGGAAACAAUAAAAAGUUCAAAACAUCAGAACCAGUUAAUAGAGUUUGUAAUGCUAACUUAAAAUAUACACCGCCUAAAUGUUCAGAAGACAAGUCUACUACAGAGUCUAACAGUAAUGAAAACCAGCUUAAAUGUGUAUUAAGUUAUGAUUCGAAUGCAAUGCCAGUACGCUUGUGUGACAACACAAAUUCCACCUCUGUAGAAAAUCUUAGCACUGAUAGAUUUGAUCAACUCAACAUCUUACUAACACUAGUAAGAACCUGUAUUAUUAGCCCCAGUUUACUUGUGAAUUUUUUAGAACAUCGGCUCAUUAAGCGUAACGACAAAGCACGGCAAAUAAUAGUCUCAGCUAUUUUAAAGCAGACGUCUUUUCGACAUGGACAAUGGCCGACAGCAGGUAUCUACAGACAGUUUCACGAGUAUGGCAACUUUUGUGUCACUUAUGUGAACGAUACAGGGAAAUUCUUGUUGAUUGAUCCGUUUGAUGAAAAAAGGUACACAAUAAAAUCGUGUCCGCGGCUACGUCACAACACUAAGCUAUGUGCUUUUGACAAAGAGCUCUAUGCGACUUCUGGACAUUUUGCAGGUAGGAUUACAAGUGACAUGUUUGUUUACAGGGAUAACUCGUGGACACAAUUAGACGAUAUCCCAGGAGCAGUUGUAUUACUAGCAAGCAAUGACCAAUAUAUAUACAUUAUAGCCCUUUUGAUAAAUAAUGUAUUUCGAUUAAAGCCGAAAAGUAACCCUCCAAAGGAUGAUUUUUUUUACAAUUCUACGAAAUCGGUUUUUUGUAACGCAUGUUAUGAGCUACCAAAUGUAUCUGCUCAUCUUCAGUACUGAAACACCCGAUGGCGAUCAGGCAACAGCAGUCGAUAUGCUAGACCUUCAGACCAAGAGCUGGACAAGGCUGGACAACCUGGAAGGAUCAGCUAAAAACAUCAUCAGUUUUCGUAACGACGACAACCACUUUGUGCUUCAAACAAACGGCAACUUGUGGGUUUUGAGAGUGACGGAUGAAAAAAUCACGUUCACACGUCAAGCUAAACUGUGGAAUUUAGACCACAUUUUGUACGGAGCUGUCGUUUACGGUGAAAAAUUGGUCAUCUUUUACGAAUAUCUAGAAAAUGGCCCAAAAGACACAUUUGUUUCUAAACUUGACAAUACUUUUCGUUCAGUUUGUUACUAUAAAUUAACUUCUUCAUGUUCCAACGUGAUUCCUUUUGUUCUACCUAAAUAUAGCCUUUCAGAAUAUUGAUAAUAAUGGGAUGUCUUGCACGCUCCACAUAAAUAAAUUAUACUUUAUUUAACUUUUACAAAGCUGGGCAGUCCUUAUCUAAUAAGAGCUUAUUAUUUUACACAACUUUAAACAACGUUAAAUUUCACUUGCUCAUUUCGACCCACAGCAAAGACAAAAAAUGAGAAAGCAAAUUAAAUUAUUUUUGAAGGAAAAUUUUAUACAAGUUGUCGUGGACAAAUAUAACGGUUUUACUCUUGUUUUGUUUUUUUCUCUUUACACUAAGGUUUUAUUUAUUAAUGAAGUAGCAAUAUUUUUUAAGCUGAUUUAAAUAAA